AUGACCACCAUUCAAGGCGACACCACAUGCCACCCAGAUGCCUCCCUUUGGUGUAUAUCUGGGGCACAGGGCAACGUAACCCCUCAUGGCUGCGUUAGAGCAGAUGGUUCGCUCUCUCCCGGACGGCAUGACCUCGGAGCCUCCCGUCACAACUGCUCCAACUGCAGCAGCCGGUGGCCGGGGCCGGGGUUCAACGCGGUGAAGGCCGUGAGCCUCGGUCUGGUGCUGGGUGGCAUCAUCCUGUUUGGCGUGGUGGGCAACAUCCUGGUCAUCCUGUCGGUGGCCUGCCACCGGCAGCUCCGGACGGUCACCAACUACUUCAUCGUGAACCUGGCGGUGGCCGACCUGCUGCUGAGCUCCACCGUGCUGCCCUUCUCCGCCAUUCUGGAGAUCCUGGACCGCUGGGUGUUCGGCCGGGUCUUCUGCACCGUGUGGGCGGCGGUGGACGUGCUGUGCUGCACCGCCUCCAUCAUGAGCCUGUGCGUGAUCUCCGUCGACCGCUACGUGGGCGUCAGCUACCCGCUGCGCUACCCGGCCAUCGUGACGGAGAAGCGGGCGUUCCUGGCGGUGGUGGCCCUCUGGGCGCUCUCCGUGGUCAUCUCCAUCGGCCCGCUGUUUGGCUGGAAGGAGGCGGAGCCGGAGGACGAGACGGUGUGCAAGAUCACCGAGGAGCCCGCCUACGCCGUGUUCUCGGCCGUGGGCUCCUUCUACCUGCCGCUGGCCGUCAUCCUGGCCAUGUACUUCCGGGUGUACGUGGUGGCCCACCGGGAGAGCCGGGGCCUCAGGGAGGGCCGCAAGACGGAGUGGUCCGACUCGGAGUGCGUGACGCUGCGCAUCCACAAGGGAAACGCCGCCGCCGCCGCGGUGACGGAGGAGGACGACGCCCUACGGAGCCGCACGCACUUUGCCCUCCGCCUGCUCAAGUUCACGCGUCAGAAGAAGGCGGCCAAGACCCUGGGCAUCGUGGUGGGCUGCUUCGUGCUCUGCUGGCUGCCCUUCUUCCUCGUGCUGCCCAUGGGUGCCAUGUUCCCCAAGUACCGACCGUCGGACACCGCCUUCAAGGUCACCUUCUGGCUGGGCUACUUCAACAGCUGCAUCAACCCCAUCAUCUACCCCUGCUCCAACCUGGAGUUCAGGAAGGCCUUCCAGAGCCUGCUGGGCAUCCGCUGCCUGCGGGCCCCGCCCAAGCCCCCGCUCCACCCGAGUCCGCUGCAGGGCCAGCGCCACGCCCACCCCCUCGACCUCCACCCGGACGAGAGGCGGGACCCCUCGCGCCUCAGCCCCCUGUCCCCCGCGGGCCCGUCCCGCACGCCUUCCUCCAGGGACGGUCGCGAGUGGAGGGCCUCGUCCGGCCCGGGGGCCCUCGGGCGGGGCCCGGUGGAGAGCGGCGGGGCCAAGGUGGCCAAACUGUGCCGGAAGAGCUUCCGGACCACCUGCUGCUGCGUCAUGGUGGGCCAGAGGGGGGGGGCGGGGCCCCGGCCCCCCCCUCUGGGCAAAGAGCUUCCCACCAUUAAGAUCCACCAAAUGUCUCUGAGUGAUGGAGAGCCGGUCUGACAGCAGGUCAUCGGUAAGCCCCGCCUCCGUUACUCAUCCCCUCUCCCGCCCCCGGGUGCUGCACUAUUUAUAAUCUCUCGUAGAGACGCUGACAGACUGGACAUGGCUUCCCGAGAAGGAGCCGGCGGAUGUGGUGGAGAUAGAAAGACGUGCCAUUAUAUACACAAAACGUUGUGGAUCAAAGUCUGUGAUUGACCGGAAUGAGUUGAUGUUUACAUUUCUUUCCUAACUGAACACUGUCAGAAUUGCCUAACAUGUUGUACAUAAAUGCCAGAGGAUGAUGAAUAUUUUGUGUCGCAUCAUAA